UCUACGUUGAUUAACUAAGGUAAAAUCUUUUUUUAUUUUAAUUUAUAAAUAUUCUUUUUAAUUAAAUAAAAUAUUAUAAAUUUAAUUUAAGAUGGAAAAUCUAGAUACUUCACAUUGUCCUCCGUCAUCUCUCCGGCCACCGUCUUUACAACAACCUCAGCGGCCACCUCUUUCACAACUUCCGCCGCCUGAACAGGGCAGAGGCGCAAUACCGCGAGAUUUAAGACCUGUUCGGGGUCACAGAGUUGACCAUCAUGAAUCACGAAAUGCUGAUGUAAGGAUUAAUCCUUAUCACAGAAAUUUGGAAAAUGCCGCUGUGUUUAUUGCUAAAUUUAUUAGUGCUAUCAACAAAGAAACUGAGAAUGAUUUAAUUAAUAGAAGAAAUAGACAACAUCAAGAGGAAGAUAGAGAGUGAAAUUGUAGUUAUACAAAAAAUAAACACCUCAGUAAAAUAUAUUUAGUUUGUUAAUUAUAAACAAAAUGUUUAUUUAUACUUAUUUCUACUACUUACUAAUACUUACUUCUAAAUGUAUAAAUAAAUAAAGUUAUAAUUUAUAUUUA